UGGAGUUGUGAGCGCGUAAGGAAAGUCUAGUGAAGAGUUUAGUUACUAGAGAAAAGUGACUGACUGACCGGUUGAGAUGGAUUGGCCAGGUAACCCAGAAGCAACAGUAAGAGAAAGUGAGCACUUCGAUACCUGAUCGUUUUUUGGAGUCUGUUUUAACUUGUAACCAGCAACAGAUGCUUGGAGUAGAUUGAGAGCAGAUCUGGAAUACGCGCACUGGAGGAACUGGCUUUAUUCAUCCCACUUGGAUGUACGUGGAUUUAUUUGGGAAUCAGAAACAAAGCUAGACUUCACAAAGAGGAUCUGCCUGUGUGUGUGUGUGUGUGUGUGUGUCGGUGGAUGUUUUAGCUUUUAUCAGCCAUGGGGAAUUUGGAAAGUGUGGAUGGACAAAGUGAGAUGAAGCACCACAUCAUGCCGUUGAAAGUUCCCAUGCCUGAACCGGCCGAGCUGGAGGAAAGAUUUGCUCUGGUUCUGAACUCGAUGAACUUGCCUCCGGACAAGGCACGUCUCCUGCGGCAGUACGACAACGAGAAGAAGUGGGACCUGAUCUGUGACCAGGAGCGCUUUCAAGUAAAGAACCCUCCACACACGUACAUCCAGAAACUAAGAGGAUUUUUAGAUCCAGGAGUAACACGCAAGAAAUUCCGCAGGCGGGUUCAGGAAUCCACUAAAGUUCUGAGGGAACUGGAAAUAUCGCUGAGGACCAAUUACAUUGGGUGGGUACGCGAGUUCCUGAAUGAUGAGAACAGAGGGCUGGACAUUCUGGUUGAGUACCUCUCCUUCGCCCAGUGCGCUGUCAUGUUGGAUUUUGAGAGUCUGGAGAAUGGGGAGGACAGCUCACUGGACAAGUCCUGGAGCAGGUCCAUUGAGGAUCUGCACCAGAACGGCUUCAGUACACUGGUGCGCUCCGUGCGCCACUCGGUGCCUCGCCAUGGAUCAGCAGCAAACAGCAAAACCAUCAAGAACUCUCGACUAGUGAGUCAGAAGGAUGACGUGCAUGUGUGCAUCAUGUGUCUAAGAGCCAUCAUGAAUUACCAGUAUGGUUUCAACAUGGUCAUGUCUCAUCCACAUGCAGUUAAUGAAAUUGCUCUAAGUCUGAACAAUAAGAACUCACGGACAAAGGCUCUAGUCCUGGAGCUGCUGGCUGCUGUGUGUCUGGUGCGAGGGGGGCAUGAGAUCAUCCUUUCAGCGUUUGAUAACUUCAAAGAGGUAUGUAAGGAAAAGCACCGCUUUGAAAAGCUGAUGGACUACUUUCGAUGUGAAGAUGGAAACAUUGAUUUCAUGGUGGCCUGCAUGCAGUUCAUCAACAUUGUGGUCCAUUCUGUAGAGGACAUGAACUUCCGUGUUCAUCUGCAGUAUGAAUUUACUAAACUGGGUCUGGAUGAUUUCCUGGAGAAAUCCAAGCACACAGAAAGUGAUAAGCUGUCGGUGCAGAUCCAGGCCUACCUGGAUAACGUGUUUGACGUGGGAGGACUGCUGGAGGACGCAGAGACAAAAAACGUAGCGCUAGAAAAGGUGGAGGAACUGGAGGACCAGCUGUCUCAUGUGACCGAAAAGCUUGUGGAGGUGGAGAAUGAGACGGUGAUGAAGGUUGCUGAGCUGGAGAAGCAGCUCUUGCAGAAGGACAAGGACCUGGUAGCCAUCAGGGAAACGUAUGAAUCAACGAGCUCACAGGUGCAUACGCUACGCCGGAUGAUCCAGGAGAAGGAUGCCGCCUUCCAGCGGCACACUAACAUUGAAAAGCGGUUGCUGGAGCUGGAGCAACAGGGCACCAUCCGUCUGCGCAAGCAACCUGAUGGAGACAUCGCCAUCGAAGCCCUGGGAGGAGGAGGUGGUGGUGGUGGUGGUGGUGGAGGUGGUUUGAAUGUUGCAGGAGUCAUGAGUGGAGCUUCUCUUGGACAGUUGGGUUCUGACAGGAGUACCUUGCUUGCUAGUUUACCUCCUCCUCCUCCUCCUGUUGCUGCUGCUGUGGAAAUGCCUGCUCCACCUCCUCCACCACCUCCACCGCCACCACCUCCACCUCUACCCGCUGCUGGAGGCGAAUGUCCACCUCCACCACCUCUGGCUCCUCCACUUCCUGGAACAUCACCAUCAGUCAUUCUCAGCGUUGGUUUAUCAGCCAUUCGCAUCAAGAAGCCGAUAAAGACCAAGUUCCGCCUUCCCGUAUUCAACUGGACUGCACUUAAGCCCAACCAGAUCAAUGGCACAGUGUUCAAUGAGAUUGAUGAUGAGCGAGUGCUUGAGGAACUGGACCUGGAGAAGUUUGAGGAACUCUUUAAAACUAAGGCUCAGGGUCCUGUGGUGGAUUUGUCCUGUACAAAGAGCAAAGCCUCCAGUAAAGCCGUUAACAAAGUUCAGCUGCUGGAUGCUAAUCGCUCCAAGAAUCUGGCCAUCACACUACGAAAAGCCAACAAGACCACAGAGGAGAUCUGCAAAGCCAUCCAGACGUUUGACCUGAAGGCCUUGCCGGUGGACUUUGUUGAGUGUCUGAUGCGUUUCCUGCCUACGGAGGCAGAGAGCAAGCUGCUGCGUCAGUACGAGAAGGAGCGGCGGCCUCUGGAUCAGCUGGCCGAGGAAGACCGCUUCAUGCUUCUCUUCAGCAAGAUCGAGCGCCUCACACAGAGGAUGAGCAUCAUCACGUUUGUCGGGAACUUCAGCGACAACAUCAGCAUGCUGACGCCGCAACUCAAUGCCAUUAUUGCCGCCUCAGCCUCGGUCAAGUCCUCCCCGAAACUAAAGAAAAUGCUUGAGAUUAUUCUGGCUCUGGGGAACUACAUGAACAGCAGUAAAAGAGGAUCGGUCUAUGGUUUUAAGCUUCAGAGUCUGGAUCUGCUGCUGGACACAAAGUCUACUGACCGGAAAAUGACGUUGCUUCACUAUAUUGCUCUGAUAGUGAAGGAGAAAUACUCAGAGCUGGCUAACUUCUACAACGAGUUGCACUUUGUGGAUAAAGCAGCAGCAGUUUCUCUGGAGAAUGUGCUGUUGGACGUGAAGGAGCUGGGUAAAGGCAUGGAGCUGAUCAGGAGAGAGUGCAGUCUGCAUGACCAUCCUGUACUCAAGGGCUUCCUGCACAGCAGCGACCCACAGCUGGAAAUACUGCAGAAGGAUGCCAAGACUGCUGAGGAGGCUUUCAAUGCCGUGGUGAUGUACUUCGGCGAGAGUCCCAAGACUAUUCCUCCAUCUGUGUUCUUCCCCGUGUUUGUGCGUUUUAUCAAAGCUUACAAAGACGCAGUUGAGGAAAAUGAACAGAGGAAGAAGCAGGAAGAAGCGCUGAGGGAGAAACUGCUUGCUCAGGAGGCCAAACAGCAUGACCCCAAGGUGCAAUCUCAGAAAAAGAGGCAGCAGCAGCACGAGCUCAUCGCCGAGCUGAGACGCCGACAGGUCAAAGACCACCGGCCCGUCUACGAAGGCAAAGAUGGCGCCAUCGAAGACAUCAUCACAGAUCUCCGAAGCCAGCCGUUCCUGCGAGCUGACGCGGUGAUCCGAAAUGGGUGGAAACGACCCUAAAGACCCCCUGAUCCCUCCACCCUCCGCUAAUCUCCCUACACCUCUCAGUGACGGAGCGUAGGCCAGGACCAAAGCGAACUGCCUUCAAUUUAAAGUGGUGGACGAGAACCUUAUUUAUUUUUGGAAAUCUUUUUCGGACCAGAAGCUAUAAAAGCACACUUAAACACACAUACACACACAUCAGUGUGUGGCCGUGCUGAGAAAAAGCUAAUCGAGUCAAAAAGAUACAGCUGAAGUUCUAGACAUCGACCAAUCAUUUCACAUGAGCAUGGUCAUUAACAAUACUUGAGUUAAACUAGUCAUACCAAGCUUAUUAUUCAUUGCAAUUUACUUGUAAAGUAAAAAGUGCCUUUUUAUUGAGACAGUAUUGUUUGCAUAGUACAAUCAAUGUGGAUUAUUUAUCUUACUUUUGUACUUUUUGGUCUGUUUUGUACUGAUCUGUUUUAAUAACCAAUUUAAACACUGUAAAUAGACACAAUUCCAAAAGAAUAGCAUUGUAAAAGGAUUUAAGGAUUGUUUUUGCUAUGUAAUAGGUAAAUAUGAAUGUGCCUUGCGGUAACAGUGCUGCUGCUGCAUGUGCAGCGACUGUCUUAUAAUGCAAAAGCAGCAUUGGAUACUAGGUCACUUCUCGCUGACUGUAUAUAAUGUUUUGUAAAGACUGACAAGCGCUAAUGUGCUCAUUAAUGCACCUGGAUGGAAGCUGCAGGCUGCACGUUAUGUAAACUGGUGCAUUGUGGUCUUUGAAGUGAAUGUCGCACAUGGACUGUAUUGUUCAACAGCAAAACCCUAGAAGCCACAACGAAGUGUUCAUUAGUCCCAGCAUUGAACAGUCUCUGUAUGGGAAGCAAAUGAGGAAAAUUAAGAAUACAGUUAAAUGUUGGGCACUUCCAAAUCCGCAUUGGCACUUUAUUAGCAGCACAUGUAAACCUGCUUAUUCAUGUAAUUAUGAAGUCCAAUCUUGCAUCAACAAGCUGGAUCUGCCCACAAAUCUGCCAUUCACUGGAGGUUUUUCAUAUUUGUGCACAUUUUUUAAAGUCUUGCUGUUUGGCAUCCACUCUGCCAGAUACAACACCAUUAUACUAAGCAUUAACUGCUUAAACUUGAUCAGGGUGCAAGAAGGUGUGACCUUAAGAGUGCCACACACCUACUGAUUCUCUCAUUUUACACCUACUGGCAUUUCUUUUAAAGUUGGGAGAAGACCAGACCCAUGUGGACUUUGGGAAGAAAAUGCACAAUUCUUUAGUGUAAAUGAGCAGACAGUGAGACCAGAUUCUACCACUCCAGCUGACUAUAAUACAAAAUAUUGUUAUACAUAUGCAUUGGCUGGGGUAAACACACAGCUUGUGUACAAAAUAACCUCUUUUAUCGAACUGAUUGGCUUUAGGUGGUAAUGCUGAAAUUCACAACAGACAGCAAUGCUUGUAAUGUACAUGUGCCUUUGUUGCCAUCUGGUGGUGGCAUAUGAAAUGCCAUAGGUGGUCAAUUCUGCAGUACCACCCUGUUUCUGUGAUCAUUUCUAUAGAUCCAAACAUAGAUCAUGGAAAACCAAAUGCUCUGAUUAACGUCCCAACAUUUCUGAUUAUUCUGUAUUUGAGACUGUUGAUAUGUUUUAAAAAGAUGACUUAUCUUGCACUAAUCAUCUACAUGAUUUGAUGAAAUAAAAAAAUGGCCUGGAAUUGUACACUACAAAUUCCAUUUAUAUUUUUAGAAGGAAAACACACAACACUAGGCAUUUUACUGACCUUUUUUUGUAAAUUUUUCUUAAUAAUGUCUUGUUUUUACUGAAAAGAUUAAAAAAAACUGAACUGUAUAAGAA